AGCCUGCGCGGAUUUUUUACCAGCAUUCGAACUAGUUCAUCCAAGCUAGACAAUCCUAAAACAUUAACAAUAUGAGAGCCUUCGUGGUCGCGAUGGCGGUACUGGCCGUGGCCUCCGCACAAACCCUCACCUCCUCCACCCCCAAACCCACAUACGACAACUUCGGCUUCCCCGUUCAGAACAGAUACAACCAGUACAACCAAUACAACCGCUACAACCGUUACCAGAACCAGUUCAACCCGUACGGACAAUACCAGGGACAAUACCAAGGAAAUUACCAGGGACAAUUCCAACCCUACCAGUACCUGAACCAGAACCGUUACCAAAGCCCGACCUACAAACCAUUCGUGUUCAGCACCACCGCCGCCCCCGUGGUGACCGCCGCUCCUCCAGCGCCCUCUGCCGCACCCUCCGAAACCUCUGCAGCCCCCGCCGCUUCCCCCUCUGCCGCACCCGCUCCCGUACCAGUGUUUGUACCUCAAUCCCCAGUCAUCGCCGCCAAGGUAGUCUCAAGUGACGGAGCCGCCUCCAUUGUUAAAUACGGCAAUGAAAUCAACCCCGACGGCGCUUACAACUACUACUACGAAACCGACAACGGUAUCGCUGCCCAAGCGCAAGGUGUUCCCCGCAACCUCGGUGGUAACCCCCCCGUCACCCCCGAUGUCGUCCAGGGAUCUUUCUCGUGGACCUCCCCCGAGGGUGAAGUGAUCUCCCUCACCUACGUCGCUGACGAGAACGGAUACCAGCCUCAGGGUAACGCCAUCCCCCAGCCCCCUGAAAUCCCCGCACAAAUCGCCCGCGCUCUCGAGUACACCGCCAAAUACCACCUUAUCCAAAAGGAGUAAAUGGAAACUUCAUUUAUAUGAAGAAUCUCACUUCGUUUAAAAUAACGUAAUCCACCUAACAAAUAGAAUUAAUUUAAUGCUCUUUGUGUCAUAAAAUAUAAAAUAGAUUGUGAUAUGAUUGUUAGAUCAACAUCGACUAUACUGAAUGUACCUUUGUAAAUGAUGAAAUAAAAAAAACUAUAGUUAAUUUUCUACAUAA